CUCACUCUGCCCAACUCUAAAAAACAAUUACUGUAAAAAGAAAAGUCGCCAACUUCAAUUCUCGAAGACCCAACAAGAAAACAAACUCUAAAAAGUUGCCUCCACUAUGGUAUUUGUAGAAGCUGUAUAGUAUCUCUUAACCCCUGUAGAGAGUUAGAGAGAGAGAGAGAGAGAGAGAAACCAAAAGUGAGUGAGAGAAACAGAUAGAAGUGAGAGUGAGAGUGAGAGAGAGAGUGAAGAAAGUAACAAUCUUUGAGAGUUUUUGGAUCUUGAUCUUGUGUUUCAGUAAUCUCCUAGUGAUUGUCUGAUCUGGGUUCUUGUUGAUUUUGGGUUUCUGGAUGUUCUGAGAGAUUUUUCUUGAUUUGGCAAAACCAGAAUGGCAAACCGGAAUGGUGAACCGGGUUUACAGCAACUCUCAAGUCUGUUUAUCCAGCAACUUCGAGGUCGUUCUUCAGUAGUCUCUGUUCGUGAUGAUGUGAAUUCGUUGGUCGUCAUUAUCAUCUAAAUGAGAUUUUGUUGUUUUUUAUAAAGUUUAAGGAAUCCGAUGAUUGUUUUAUGGUAGAUUGAUUUGAUUUAGUUUAGUUCGAUAAUUCUUUCAUUCUUUAUUUGAUUAUAUAGAUUCGUUGGUUCUUUUGGGGCAGGGGAUUCAAAUUCAUUUCAUUCUUCAAUUUUUUCAUAUAGGAUUCACUUUGAUUUCACUAAAACCAAAAAAAAAAGAUUCAUCGGAUUCCAUUUUUUUAAUUGUUUGAGCAAACACACACACACUUGUAGACCAUCUCUUGAAUUGGGUUAGGUAGAUUUUGUAGAGGAUGUUGGCAGGUUGUUCGAGUUCAUCAUUGUUGUCGCCUACUCGAAGAUUGAGGAGUGAAGCAGUAGCAGCAACAUCAGCAACAGUAUCAGCGCAUUUUCCCAUGAACACACAGAGAUUGGACUUACCAUGCAGUAGUAGCUUCUCUCGCAAGGAAACUCCUUCUAGCAGACCACUUGGAAGAAGCAUCUCUCUUGACAACAGCAACAACAACAACAACAAACCGAUCGAGCGCAAGACGAAGACCAGUGGUUGUUCGCUUAAACAGAACAUAAAGCUUCCACCUUUGGCAACAACAAGAGGAAAUGGAGAAGGGUUUUCUUGGAACAACGACAACAACAACAGAGGGAAGAGUUUGAAGAGAUUAGCUGAGGAGGACGAGUCUUGUUUGAGCAGAGCGAAGAGGACAAAAUGCGAAAACGAAGGUGGUUUCUGGUUUGAGCAUUUCACUGGCCAGGAUUCUUCUUCACCAGCAUUACCUUUUUCUUUGACUUGUUCAGGUGAUGAUGAGGAAAAGGUUUGCUUUGUGCCAAGUGAAGUCAUUUCUCAGCCUUUACCAAACUGGGUUGAUUCGGUGAUUACGGAGCUAGCUGGUAUAGGCGAUAAGGACGUUGAGAGUAGCCUUCCUGCAGCAGUUAAGGAAGCAUCUGGAGGAUCAUCUACAAGCGCAUCAUCCGAGAGUCGUAGCUUAAGCCAUAGAGUACCAGAACCUACAAAUGGCUCAAGGAAUCCGUACUCACACCGCGGUGCAACAGAGGAAAGGACCACCGGAAACAUCAACAACAACAACAACAGGAACGAUUUGCAGAGGGAUUUCGAGCUUGUCAAUUUGCUUACGGGAUGCUUAGACGCGAUCAGAUCAAGAAACAUAGCAGCGAUUAACCAUUUCAUUGCAAGAACCGGUGAUCUUGCUUCUCCUAGAGGAAGAACACCAAUGACUCGCCUCAUAGCUUACUACAUUGAAGCUUUGGCUCUAAGAGUGGCGCGUAUGUGGCCUCACAUCUUCCACAUCGCACCCCCUCGUGAAUUCGAUAGAACUGUCGAAGAUGAAUCAGGAAAUGCAUUGAGGUUCUUGAAUCAAGUAACCCCAAUUCCAAAGUUCAUUCAUUUCACAGCCAACGAGAUGUUACUCAGAGCAUUUGAAGGGAAAGAGAGAGUUCACAUUAUUGACUUCGACAUCAAGCAAGGUUUACAGUGGCCUAGCUUCUUCCAAAGCUUAGCUUCGAGAAUAAAUCCACCACACCAUGUACGAAUCACUGGGAUCGGAGAAUCGAAACUUGAGCUAAACGAAACCGGAGAUCGCCUCCACGGAUUUGCAGAGGCGAUGAAUCUUCAAUUCGAGUUUCAUCCUGUAGUUGAUAGACUCGAAGACGUUAGACUAUGGAUGCUUCACGUCAAAGAAGGUGAAUCAGUAGCUGUAAACUGUGUCAUGCAGAUGCACAAGACACUCUACGAUGGAACCGGAGCAGCAAUUAGGGAUUUUUUGGGUUUAAUCAGAAGCACAAACCCAAUAGCUCUCGUUCUUGCGGAGCAAGAAGCAGAACACAACUCAGAGCAACUUGAGACACGAGUUUGUAACUCGCUAAAGUACUAUUCAGCUAUGUUUGAUGCAAUUCACACGAAUCUUGCUACAGAUAGCUUAAUGAGAGUCAAAGUUGAGGAGAUGUUGUUUGGGAGAGAGAUCAGGAACAUUGUUGCGUGUGAAGGAAGUCAUAGACAAGAGAGGCAUGUGGGUUUUCGUCAUUGGAGGAGGAUGUUGGAGCAGUUAGGGUUUCGGAGUCUUGGAGUCUCGGAGAGAGAGGUUUUGCAGAGUAAGAUGUUGCUUAGGAUGUACGGAUCUGAUAAUGAAGGGUUUUUCAAUGUGGAGAGGAGCGAUGAAGACAACGGCGGUGAAGGCGGACGCGGCGGUGGAGUUACUUUACGGUGGUCGGAGCAGCCACUUUAUACGAUCUCGGCUUGGACUACCGGAGGGAAUUAAAGUUUGAAGAAAAAAAAAAAAAAAAAUUAUACAUUUAGGGUUUUAAAGACUUUUAGAAAAAGGGGAAAAUGUUUUUUUUUUUAUCAAAGAAAAUAGGGAAAAUAUUGAUUUUAUUCUUUCAUUCAUUAUUUGGGAGCGGGUAGGUUAUUUUUAUAAAAAAAUGUAAGAAUUAAAAAAAAUUAUUUUGUAUUAGUUACUUUGGAGUCUUUUACAUGUAACUUGGAGGCUUUUGAAUGUUUUGCUAUCAAUAAUGAAACUGAAGUAUUAUUUUUCUUUACA